GUGAAAGAGAGGCAGAGAGAAUAAUAUAAAGAGAGAGAAUAAAGUGGGAGGGACAAAGUCCAGAGAAACCAGGGACAAAGCUGAACCCCCCAUGGAAGCCCCUUUCAACCUCCGAAAUGUCAAACAGGUCCUCGCUCACUCUCUCUCCAUCCUCACUGCAAACCGUUUCUGUCUCCUAUCCAUCUCUCUCCUCCUCUUCUCUUUCAGAGCCUCGCUCGAAACCCUAACCCUAACCCUAACCUCCUCCAUUGAGCACCAAACCCUAACUCUAGCCCACCCGCUCUUCCCUGCAGCUCCUCCGUUUUCCGGUGAUUCUAAGCCUCCGGAGAGUUUUUCCGCCCGCAGAAAAACCAGUUCGGGCAGGCGGCGCCUCGUCCACUUCAAAACCCUGGAUGAUGACUUCUUUGCAGAGGACCUGAUUGCUCGAAACCCUAACCCUAAUUUCCUGGUUCGAAUCUCUGCAACUCAAGGUUUGGGGCCUUUUAUGAACUCGUCUGGUUUGCUUAAUGGCUUCAAUGUUAAUGGUGGUGAUGGAGAUGUUGUGGCUGCUUUGAAAUCUGGGGCUUUGGUGGUAUUCAAGCAACCCGAAACCGCUGUGGAAUCUGGUUUUCAGGGAGAGAUUCAGCGAUUUUCAGGCGAUGGUUUUGUUUACGACCAGCAGCAAGUAAGGGCUUUUUUCUCUCUUUUGACCUCGAUGUCUAUUCUUUUUGGGUGCUUGAUUCUAGGGUUUUUCACUAUGAGUUCUUGUAUGAUUGGGGUCAUCUGUUACAUGGUAGUUAGUGUGCAUCUCAAUCGAAGGGUGUCAAUUACUAGGGUCUUCAGAAUAGGUCUUCAAUCUGGGCUUCAAAGAGUUACAGGGCUGGUGUUUUUCAGGUGGUCAGUUAGAGAAGUGUUGACCCAAUUCUUGUUUGUGGUUUUCUUUUCUGAAGUUAAAGAUCGAAGAGUGAUUUUUCGCCUGGUUUUGAGGCUUAAAUUGGUGCCUUUUUCAGUGAUUUCUCCAUGGAUAGAUAAGUUGGACUGGGACCAUGAAGUUUCUCUGAGAAUUCUAGGAUUUUUUGGUCUCUGGUUUUUGCUUGAGUCGAUCAUUUCUUUUGCUUACACAUUGGAUUGUUGGGUGGCAAUGUUAAACUCGUCAAAAAGUAUUCGCGAGGCCAUAAAGGAAGGCUACGAUUUGAUGCAAGUUAUGGUUCUCCAAGCAUUUGCAAUAAAGUGUUUAGAGAUUGUUUUUGGUGGGUUUCUAGUGAGACAAUUCUUCGCUAAACUUGGCUACGAUUGUUUCGCUCUGUAUUGCCAGUCAUUGGCUGAGACCUUUUUUCUUGUAGUUUGGCUGGUCUUUUUCUUUGCUGCGAAGUCUAAAGCCAGCCAGCUGCAGGGACAGAGUUUCGGUGAGAAUGAAUUGAGGAAUUACAUUGAUGAGCUUCGCUAAAAUCACCUCUAAGAAAUAGCGAGGUUGCAAGCAUUCAUUGGAUAUGUGAAAAUUUUCAUGACCCAUGUGCUCUGAUUCAAAUGAUUACAUUGAUGGGAUUUGCUAAGUUGCUCAUAUUUGCAGCAAGAAUGCAUGGAUUCCCUGAUUUCAUUAAUGGUUCAGGUGUUAAUUGACUGGAAUUGUAUUGAUGAGCUGUGCCAAAUUGCUGUGGUUUUGUAAAAGUGUGGAAUGGGGAGGGAGAGUGAGAGUUUAAAGGUAGCCCAGUGCCCUGGAAAUAGUUGAAGAUGUGUACCAUAAUGAGGCUUUUUUGGCAUAUGAUAGUCCUUUUUUGUGGGGAUUUUUUUUCCUCAUUUUGGGUGUACAUUGUCUGGGGUAGCUCUCAGCCUCGGUAACUAUCACUUGGAACCUUGUCAUACACCUGUAAAAUUAAAUCCGCGUUGUAUUUUGAACACAAAAGUUGUGUUUUGCUUUUUUGUGCGUUUCUUUCAUCAGAAUCCCUGGUAUAUUGUAAUGGGAAUACCAUUUUCAUGUAAUCUUUAACAUCCUGCAAGGAGCUGUAUAACAGUUUAAAGGAAGGUUAUGCUGAAGAGCUUGGCUUUAUAUUC